UUUACCACACAACUGCGAAAGUGAUAACUGUUUACGAAUUGCGCUUUUAUCUACUACAAAUUCCGAGGCUAUUAUUUUUGUAAGAUUAUUUCUCUUAUUUCCUCUCAUCCCUUAUCUACAGGGCUUCCGUUUGGUCCGUAUCAGCUUAGAUUUGAAUUCAGGCGGUGGCAAACAGGGACCAUUAUUGAAUGCCCUACACACGAUUCGAAAUUAUUCUGCGAUUUGUGCCAGUUAACGAAAAUGAAAAACGUUUUGAUCUACAUGAUCCUACUUUUGAGUCUCUUGGACGAAACCUUUUCGGGAUUGAGCAGGGUACCUCUUCCGAACUGUCCCAAUUUGUCAAUAAAAAAUGGAAAAGUGAAGAAACGUCAAAGGGGUAGAUUUGUGAAGUUCAUUUGUAACCCCGGCUUCUUGUUAGCAGGGGAAAAAUUUAGCACGUGUAGUUUUGGAGGAAGAUGGGACCCUUUGCCUCCGAAAUGUGUUAGACCCACUUGCUUAAACAAAGUGAACCCUCCUGCCAAUGGCCUCAUUUACCCCACACAUAAUGGAGCUGUCGCGCAUGUUUAUUGUAAAGCUGGAUAUCACAUCAAUGGGCCUCAGGAGGUGCAUUGCGAUGGAAGAAAAUGGGACAACCAAAUGCCUGUAUGUCUACUUGCAAAUACAAAACCUAAACUGUUCUGCGACUUCGAAACGGAGGACAUUUGCGGCUGGAGCCACGACCUCAACCAUGAUUUUGACUGGCGAAGGGAAAGCUACAAGACUCCAAGUGGUUCGAUAGGAACCGGACCCAGUUUUGACCACACUAAAGGACCAGGACGGGACGCAGGCUACUACAUGUACAUCGAGUCAUCAGGAAGGAACGAAAACGAUACGGCCAGACUCAUUUCCCCUAUUUUCGAAAAAACUGACACCGACACCUGUUUGGAAUUUUUCUACCACAUGUUCGGAGCUACGACUGGCUCUUUGAGAGUUUAUGUCAAAACGGUUGGGGAAAGUUGGGAGUUGGACCCCAACAGUGCUAUUUUUUCCAAGAAAGGAAAUCAAGGCGACAAGUGGUUCAGGUCGUAUCAUCCCUUGGGCGUUAUAUCAGACGAAUAUCAGAUUAUCAUAGAAGGUGUCAGGGGUCAUUCUUAUGUUAGCGACAUUGCAAUAGAUGACGUCAAAGUAAUAGAAAAUUGUGUUUAUGAAGAAAUAACGACCACGACGGAAACGGAGCAUGGUACGGAAGCAUUUUUAACAUUAGACUCCUGUGAAAAUAAAUGUGGACGCACAGAUAAUGGAAAUGAAUCUCUUCGCAUUACUUGCGACUGCGAUGAAGAUUGUUACGACAAUAACCGAUGUUGUCCCGAUUACUUUGAUUUUUGCGUAUCAGGGUUUGUUACAGGAACGACUGACGACUAUCUAUCAACCACGGACAUGCCGAAUGAAGUAAUCGUGACGACUUUGCAGGCUUCUCGUGCUUCAACGGAGGCUCCAAUCAUGCCUGCCAAAAAUCGACCUACUACGAGUGUACCUGAAAUAAGUAUCUCGACCACAUCCACCACCAGGACAAAACCUACUACCACUAGGGCUACUACAACCACUACUAAAGCACCAACUCGUCCGCAUUGGCAAUCAACAGUGAAGACAACCAUUGCACCAAAAACCACAAAGAAAAUAAUCAACGUUACUCGUCCAAUGCUACAUUUUCUAACCCAGCCAACCCAGCCUGUGAUCGUGCAAAAGGUCGUACCCUCUAUCCCAGUAAAACCAAGGAACAGAACGCAGAUAAUCAACAUAAAACCGAAUAAAGUGGAUAACACUAAAGAGGUCAACAGUAACGACGUCCUGGAUGUGCCGCUUCAGACAAACAGCGAUGAGGAACUGUUGCUGACGUCACCUUUCCCCGACAAGACCGUGAAGGUGAGUUGGCCACCUCGAGAUCCCCAAGACCCCCUCGAUUCGCCUUUCUUAGGGAAUUUCAGCGAAAAAGACAAAUUUCUGAGCAUGAGACCACCUGCUUCGACUGCUGGAUACAACGUGGUGUUAGUCGUCAUCAGUGUGGUAGGCCUUACAAUUCUGACCACCGUUAUUGCCGUUAUUCUAGUUAGGAGGUUCAGGAACAGGCACAGACGGAUGGCAUCUUGCAAUGGGGACAGUCAGAGCGACGUCAGGUUCUUGACAAGCGAUGAAGUGCUGGAUUUUUCUUUGGAUAAGAAUUACGAUAGCUUGUGAUUUUUCAUUGCCAAAGUAGAUGUAAGUUAGGCGAUAAGAAGGAAAUAUUGUACAAUUUAGUGCCAAGUUCAUGUUUUUGCACACGUUUUUAAUAAAUAUUUAAGUAGA